CGUUGCGUGCACAUCGCAGAGUUCGAUCAGAGUUUAGACACACACACACACACAUCAGAGAUGGCAGCCACCAACUACAGUUACGCAGAGAACAUGAACAUGUACAACAUGUACCACCCCCACAGCCUGCCGCCCACUUACUACGACAACUCCGCCGGGAACGGUUACUACCAGGGAGGCUACCAGAGCUACCAGGGCUACUACGCCCAGGAGAGCUACUCGGAGAGCUGCUACUACAACAACUACAGCUGCCAGGAUCAGGUGACGAGCCAACCCACUCCAGCUGCCCAGCCCAACCCCCCGCCGAAGGUCGCCAAGCGGAAGGCCGAGGAGGACGCCGCCUCCAUCAUCGCCGCCGUGGAGGAGCGACCCAGCACACUGAGGGCCCUGCUCACGAAUCCCGUGAAGAAGCUGAAGUACACGCCCGACUACUUCUACACCACCGUCGAGCAGGUGAAGAAGGCCCCCGCCGCCAAGGUCGCCGCCAGCCCCGCCCCCAGCUACGAGCAGGAGUACGUGGCGGUCCCCACGCCCUCCGCCUCCGAGGACGUCGACUACUUGGACGUCUACUCUCCGCAAUCCCAGUCGCAGUCGCAACUGCAGUUGCAAUCGCAGUCGCAGAAGCUGAAGCAUGGCGACUUCGCCAGCCCGCCACCGACCACGCCCACUUCUCUGCCGCCCGUCGAGGGCAUCAGCACACCACCCCAGUCGCCGGGGGAGAAGUGCUCGUCAGUUGUCAGCCAGGAGAUCAAUCAUCGCAUUGUGACAGCCCCGAGCGGGGCCGGCGAUUUCAAUUGGUCGCACAUCGAGGAGACUUUGGCAUCAGAUUGCAAAGACUCCAAACGCACCCGCCAAACCUACACCCGCUACCAGACUCUGGAGCUCGAGAAGGAGUUCCACUUCAAUAGGUACAUCACCCGUCGCCGCCGCAUCGACAUCGCCAACGCCUUGAGUUUGAGCGAAAGGCAGAUCAAGAUCUGGUUCCAGAACCGUCGCAUGAAGUCCAAGAAGGACCGCACGCUGGAGAGCUCCCCGGAGCACUACUCCGCGAUGAUGCCGCCACUGGAAGCCACCACCACCAGCACCGCCGGGGUUCCCCCCGUGCCGAUGUACCACCACCAAGCCACCGCUGCGUACCCCGCCUACAACCACGCUCAUGGUUACGGUUUGGUGAACGAUUACCCCCAGCAGCAGGGGCACCAAAGCCACCAGAGCCACCAGUACGAUGCGUACCCGCAGCAGUACCAGCAGCAGUGCGGCUACCAGCAGCAUCCGCAGGACCUCUUCCAUAUGCCCUGAAACCGCCGAAAAACCGAACCGAACCAAAACGAAACCCGAACCAAAACCAUAAACGAACGCACUUCUCUCGACCAUUUGUAGGUGACACGCAAAUGGCGAAAGCCGAGAACGAAGCUGCGAUGCGAUGAGUCGCACAGUAGAGCGCACUCCCUACGGUGCCCAGAAAGGACCCUUGGGCACAAGGACCAGUGCGCAUGUGCAGAGGCCUAAGACGGCAGACGGGCUGAAAGGCAGACAGCCAGAGGAUCCUUGCUGCGAGCGGAACCCAGUGGCUGGCCAUGAUGGGUUCUCAGCGAUCGAUUAGCUGCGGCCAAACGCAAACCCAAAACACUCAGCCGGGAGGCUGAUUGUGGCCAAAAGACUUGGAGACUGACAAAUGUUUUUGUACAGAUAGUUCUUAAGAUAGCCUUAUAGUAGAAUAUUAUUUA